CUGUCAAACAGAAUUUAUGAAGGAAUUUUUGUAUUGGAAUACCGCUCGCAAUCACCAACAAAAAAAAAACCAUAAAUUUAUAACGAUUAACAAACAAAAUUGUGUCAACUUCAAAAUCCGACUGUAGUUGGAUCUGCUAUCAAUUUGUGUUUCGAUUUCCAUCACAACAUCGUUUAAUUUCUUUACAUCUUUGAAAUUCACACACAGAGAGAUAACCUCAAAAAAAAACAAUGGGGCUGUUCGAUAGUUUGAAGUCAAGACCCAUGAUCUUUACGAGUGCAUUUGCAACGGCUGGGUUAUUAUGUGCUUUUCUGAAGGACCAAAUGCAAGGGGAAAAAUUCAAAGAUCCCAUCAAGGCAACGGAUAAACGAAUCGUAAUCACCGGUACAACAAGCGGAAUCGGCAAAGAAACCGCCCGUGAGCUGGCCAAACGGGAGGCACGUGUGUACAUGGCAUGCAGAGAUAUGAAGAAAUGCGAACAAAUUCGCGACGAUAUCAUUUUGGAAUCAGCAAACAAGCACGUUCACUGCAUCGAAUGCGAUCUCAGUUCAAUGGAUUCGAUUCGGAAAUUUGUGAAAGAAUAUAAAGAACGGGAGAAUCGACUAGAUAUUUUAAUCAACAACGCCGGCGUGAUGCGAUGUCCGCACACUCUGACGAAGGAUGGCUUCGAAAUGCAAUUAGGAGUUAAUCAUAUGGGACACUUCCUCUUAACCAAUUUGCUUCUUGAUUUGAUCACGAAAUCAGCGCCAAGUCGAAUAAUAAAUGUGUCUAGUGCGGCACAUUUAAGGGGGAAAAUCAACGCAGAGGAUAUAAAUAGUGAAAAGAGCUAUGAUUCAGCCGAAGCGUAUAAUCAAAGCAAAUUAGCGAAUAUAAUGUUCACGCGGGAAUUGGCCCGUAAAUUGACCGGCACUGGUGUUACGGUAAACGCUGUGAAUCCUGGCCUAGUCGAUACGGAAAUUACACGGCACAUGGGAGUCUUCAAAAGUUUAUCAGGUAUGAUUUUCCGGCCAUUGACGUGGCCAUUUUUAAAGACGCCCAAGUCGGGAGCUCAAACAACCAUAAUGGCAGCAUUAGAACCAAGACUUGCCAAUAAAUCGGGACUGUAUUAUAGCAACUGUACCAAAGAUCAAGUGUCAGAAGAGGCAAAAAAUAAGUCCGUUAGCGAUUGGUUGUGGACAGUGAGUGAAAAAUGGACCGGUUUAGAUGGUAGCUCCGAUCAGAAGAAAAAAUAAUCAAACCAAUUGUUCGGUUUAGUUUAAUAAGUUGUAUUUUGAAUAAAUUGAAUUAAUUUUGUGAAAA